AUGUCAACGGGAGAAGAAGAAGAUUUGUCAGAACGCGGGUGUCGUCGUUGGACGGCGCACCGCAACCCCGAUGAGGGGGAGACCACCGGGUCGAUGCGUGAGGGCGCUCUUGCGAGGCCCACCACCUUCCUCCAGCGGGUGCCCAGCCCCUGGCAGUCAUCGUUUUAG